AUGGCGGCGUCGUCGGCGACGUUCUUCGACGACGUCGUCGCCGCCGCGUCCUCCUCCGCGCCGCCGCCGCCGGAUACGCCGCCGCCGCCCGCGCUGUUCGAGCUCGCGCUCGCGUCCCCCACCCCGCUCGGCGCGACGCUCGCGCUCCUCGGCGGAUUCGCCAUCGCCAAGGCGGUCGUCUAUUGGCGCGUGCAGUUCAUCACCGCGGCGAUGAUCGGCCGGCACGUGCCCCCGACCGCGCGCCGCGUCCUCGAGUACGGCGUCGGCGCGGGGAAGAACCUGUACUACUACCCGAAGACCGUCGGCAUGGUCGUCGGCGUGGACCCGGACGCGAAGGAGGACCUGCUCAUCCAAGUCAGGCGCGUUCUAGCUAGACUUUCUCUCCCGGCGCGGCGCAUCUCUCCGCCCAGGGUCCCACGCUUUCAAUCCCGACACACCUCGACGCCUUUCAACUCCGCCCCUGACGCCUUUGAACCCCACCCCGACGUCGCUUUGAACGACGGAACGACCCUCAGCGUCGCGAGCGCGGUGCCAUUCGUCGCGAAAGCGCAGCCGAACGAGGAUCCCACCGGUCAACCCGACGCGUCGAUCGACGCGGUCGUGACCACGGGCGCGCUCGGGAAGAGCGCGGACCCGGCGAAGAUCAUCGCGGAGGCGGGGAGGAUACUCAAGCCGGGCGCGCCGCUCGUCUUCUGCGAGGACAUGUCCUUCGGCAAGGGAAAAGUUUUAGACGCGCUGACGUCGUCGGAUGCGGCGCGGGCGUUCGAACGGCCGGAGUACGACGACGGGUGGGCGACGCUGCCGCUGUCGCCCGUCGCGAUCGGCGUCGCGGUGAGAAAGAGGGACGGGGACGCCGGGAACGGCGGCGGGGCGGCGAAGAGGGGGGACGAUUUCGAGGCGUCGUUGGGCCUGGGGGGCGGCAAGAGAGGGAAGCGGAAGAAAUAA